GCGUUUCCUGAAGGCCAACGGAAGUGGAUCCGCUUGGGAAACUACGAGUUCCACGCAGCAGUGCGGGUCCAUUUCCCCCUCCCCCUGGGAUCCGCAGUUAGUGGUUCUGACGGCGGCGAAAACUUGGAGUGACAUGGCGACCCUCAGAUUUGGACAACAUAUCAUCAAAUCCUCUGUAGUUUUUCUCCGAACAGAACUGUCCUUUGCAUUAGUGAAUAGGAAGCCAGUCGUCCCUGGACAUGUGUUAGUUUGUCCAAUCAGACCAAUUGAACGUUUUCGAGAUCUACAACCAGAUGAGUUGACAGACUUGUUUCAGACGAGCCAGAAAGUCGCAAAGGUUGUGGAGCAGCAUUUCAAAGCAAGAUCGCUGACCAUUGUCAUUCAGCAUAAAUUGCAACCAUAUGGCCUUAUCUAG